AUGCGCAGUAGAAGGCUGCCCGUGGUGGCAGCUCCCUUCAUCUUCCUUCUGGUGGUGGCGAGCAUAUACCUUGGACGUGAUAAUGUGUCUUGGUUCCCAACCUCCCAGCAACGGCCGAUACCUUACAAGCAGCUCACUCAACAGGUGGUGGGAAAUGGCGCUGUUCUUUCCGCCGACAACAUCACUGAGUAUCUCGAGGCCAUCUACAAUGCGAAGCCAGAUGCGAGAUUAGCGCCUCGCCUGGAGUGUCCGGCUAUCAACACCACCCGGUAUAAGACCCUGAAGUUCAAGAAGAAGCCAUCAGGGCGGCCGGCGCCAUCGUCUCCUCCUGUUCGUCCUGCUUCACCGGCGUCGACUUCACGUUCAUCUCCAUCUUCAUCAUCUUCACCUGUAUCGGUCUCUAAAUUACUGUCGCUGUCGAAAUCAUCGUCUUCACCUUCAUCAUCGUCAUCAAGGCCAUCGGCCACUCCUGCUCCUCGCUCACUCACCCGCCCAGCCUCUGAGAUUCGUUACUUCUUCGCCCUCGACUUGCGGAAUUGUAUCGGUCUCCUGCCUCGCCUCAUGGGCAGCAUCAUCGAGGCCAUGCAGUUCCUCGGCCCUAGCUCAUGUGCUCUCUCUAUUGUAGAGGGAGAUUCUCCCGACGGCACUGGAGACGUACUCGCCGCCCUACGCCCCAGUCUCGAGGCCCUGGGCGUCACUUACAUUUACAACUCUUCCACGGUCAAAUCCGCCGAGGGCGAUCGCAUCGCCAAGCUUGCGAAGCUGCGCAACAUGCCCCUGGAGCCAAUCUUUGAACAGUCAAUCCCCAUCGCCGACGACGCCAGCGUCAUCUUCCUCAACGACGUGGCUGCCUGUGCCGAAGACAUUCUGGAGCUAAUCCUACAAAAGCAGGAGCUCAACGCCGACAUGACCUGCGCCAUGGACUGGACCUAUCCCGGCGACGAACCCAACUUUUACGACGUCUGGAUCGCACGAGGCAUUAAUGGCGACUCGUUUUUCCACAUACCGGCAAACGGGAACUGGGGUGAGGCGCAUAACCUUUUUUGGAACGCGCCCGACACGAGGUCCCGCUUUGAUGAGCUGCGCCCCUUUCAGGUGUUUGCCUGCUGGAACGGCGCCACGGUGUUUAGCGCCAAGCCCAUUGUCGAGGGCCUUCACUUUCGCACAAACUACCAUAAGACGGGCGAGUGCUUCCAGGGCGAGCCGGUGCUGUUCUGCAAGGACAUGUGGUGGCGGGGCUACGGCAAGAUUGCAGUCGUGCCGAGCGUCAACCUCGAGUACACGGACAAGAACGGCAAGAGGAUCAAGGAAGACAAGGGCUACGUGUCUGAUAUCGUUGCGGAACAGGACCCGCGAGACGAUUUGAUCGAGUGGACGGGCCCGCCGGAUACCGUCCGGUGCAUGCCGACCUGGAAGGAUCAGUUUUUCCAGCGGUGGAAUAAGAGUUUAACGGAUUAA